CUUCAACCUCACUGUAGCUAUGAUUCAUUCAGUAUUGAUAUUUAAUAAUGAUGGUCUACCUCGUUUGCUUAAAUUCUAUACUCCAGUAGACAUAUCAACUCAAAGAUUAUUGUUAAGACAAGUUCAUCAAUUGGUUUCACAAAGACCUUCAGAUCAAUGCUCUUUUUUAACACCGCCUCCUUUAUUAGAGGGUUACGAUGAUAUUCGAGUCAUUUAUAGACACUAUGCUACACUAUAUUUUGUGUUUAUAGUGGAUGAGCAAGAAAGUGAGUUAGGUAUAUUAGAUUUAAUCCAGGUUUUUGUUGAAUGUUUGGAUCAGUGCUUUCAGGAGGUUUGUGAGUUGGAUUUAGUAUUUGGGUGGCAAGUCUUGGAAACAGUUUUAGAUGAGAUUGUUCAGGGUGGUAUGGUGAUUGAUACGAAUAUUUCAAGAAUUGUAGCAGCUGUUGACGAGCUUAAUAGUCAAAAGACUAAGAAUUUAUCAUCAACGAGCUCAUUUCCAAGUCCUUCAAGUAUUUUCCAAGCAAUGGCAAGGGAUACACGAAUGGGUGGAUUAAGUUGGCCAGGUCGUUAAAUUAAAAGUCUGAAUUAAUUUAGAUGAUUUUAGAUGAUUUCGGAUAAUAAAAAGAAUAAUAUCAAUAGUAAUCAAUAAUAUUGGUAAUAUUGAUAAUAGUUGUAAAAUUAUGUUUUCAUUUUGUUUUGAUGAUACUAUUGGUUAGUUUUUACUCCACAAAUUAUUUUGAAAAUUAGAAAUUAAGAUUUAGGGUGAUGAUAUUAAGAUUUUAGGGUAAUUAAGGAAAACAUAAGUUACACUGCAU